AUGAGAUGGUUCACAGUAGCUUCGAAGCACCUCUCGCCCCCGCACAGCUCGAGGCUCCUUCCCAGCCCCCCCCCGUCACUCCCGUCAGAGCCGCGUGCAAGGAGAAGUCUGAGGCCCGAGCUCGUGCUCAAGAUCUACGGGGAGAAAGCCAGCAUCACGGGGCCCAAGUCGCUCGAGAGCGCCUUCAUCGGGAGGAUGCACGGGGUGAGCGGCAAGACGGUGCGAGACAUCUGGGACGGCAAGACAUGGUCGCACGUCACAGGAGAGAUUGCGAGGGUGGAGGCGGCCAAGGAAGCGGGUCCCGGCGACCAGCUGGGAGAGCCGGGGCGAUCCCUGGAGGUCGAGGAGAGGGCAGACGGAGAGAGGAGGGAGAAGCUGGCAGAGGAGGAGGGAGGGGAUGGGACCGGACGCAGCAGGCACUACCCGGGGGCUAUGGGAGAGGAGCAGGGCAAGCCCAGGAAGAGAGGACGCAGGGGAGAUGGGCGGGGAGGGGAGGGGGAGGGGAGGGCGGCUGCGAAGGUCAAGGAGGAGCAGGAGGAGGAACAAGGGACGAGGACGGGGUCAAGCCAUGGGCGGAAGGACCCGGAAGAUGUGUGGAAAAGGGAGAAGAGGCGGGAGGACCUGGAAGAUGUGUGGAAGAGGGAGGAGAGGAGGUGCGAGGAGGGAGCCAGUUGGAUGUCUCAGCAGGAUCAGGUGGGAACCAACCAAGAGCUGGAAGAUCUUGAGGGGGAGAUGAGUAGGUGCGAGGAGGAGGGAGAGCAGAUGGCGAGCGUUGUGACAGGGACGGAGGGCGAAGGCAUGAGUCCGGACUGGCUGGAGCAGCUCAGUCCGGGGUUGAUCUGGUCGUACAUGGGAAGGCAAGAGGAUUGA